ACUGAUUAUUGGGAAGAGGGGCGGACAAGAGGGGUGCAUAUCUUAUCUCUGUACACCUUUACGCCCUCUUUUUUAUGCACCAACUUGAUCCAUUUUUCAUUUACCCACUAGUCCCACUAUUCUUGUCAACCUCACGUGAACCCAUCCUCUUCCUCUUACUUUUGCAACUUCAACCAACUUUCUUCCUUCUCUCUCUUGUAUAAUUAGCUGUCUACUCUAUGUAUAUAUAAAUGAAAAACUGAGACAUUUCUAGCCAUAACAAAAGAGCCCCAUUAGCGACCACUCUUACAGUUUACGACAUAAGAAUCAUCAGCUCUUCUUUCAUUUCAGAUCAAAAUCUAACAACACUUGGCCAAAAAAAAAAUGCCUCCUAGUUCUCCAGAUUCAUCUGUUUUACUCCAAAGAAUAAGCUCCAACACUACUCCUGAUUUUGCCUGUAAACAAUCUCAGCAAUUACAAAGGCGUACUAUGCCGAUACCUAGUACGACACAAGUCCCAGAUUCCGUUGUCCGAUUCCAUACUCACCCGGUGGGUCCCAACCAGUGCUGCUCCGCCGUGAUCCAGCGGAUUUCCGCCCCCGUCUCCACCGUAUGGUCAGUGGUCCGCCGUUUCGACAACCCUCAAGCAUACAAGCACUUUGUCAAGAGCUGCCACGUCAUCGUAGGGGAUGGUGACGUCGGCACUCUCCGCGAGGUCCGAGUGAUCUCGGGCCUUCCAGCUGCGUCCAGCACGGAAAGACUCGAGAUCCUCGACGACGAGCGACAUGUCAUUAGCUUUAGCGUAGUCGGUGGAGACCACCGACUCGCGAAUUACCGUUCCGUCACCACACUCCACCCGGAACUGUCUGGUGACGGGACGACCAUCGUCGUUGAAUCCUACGUUGUUGAUGUACCACCUGGUAAUACUAGAGAUGAAACGUGUGUUUUCGUUGAUACCAUCGUCAAAUGCAACCUCACAUCGUUAUCGCAGAUCGCAGUAAACUUGAACAGAAGAAAAGAUUCUUGAAAUAUAGAAUAUAUUUACAAAACUGAUCGAUGAUGCUUUUGAUGAUGAUUCAUUUAAGCGAUGAUUUUUAUUGGGGGUUGCAAUGGUCUGAAAAUCGUUGCACCUUUUCAGAUCAUGUGCUUAUUAUAAUCUCCUGGUUGUCAUCACUUGUUGAAGAUAAGUUCUUGGUUACGGAAUUAAUUUCAUUCUCUUUAAUUAUAUCAAGUACUUGCUUCUUUUUUUGCCUCAUUGCUCUAUGUUUAACUUUAUCUGUGUAUUUGUGAAAAAUAAAAAGGAUUCAGAGGGCAAAAUUUUCUCAAAUGCUGGUGUUUCAUUACUUUAUCUUCAUGUAGUUUAUUCUUUAUUGGAAACAUAUGGAUCUUCUUUCUAGUGUU